AUGUACAACGAAUCUCGUGUAUCCUUUGCCUUUCUUUCCUCCGUCCGCACAAUGCCAGUCGAAACUCGAUCCCAGGCUCGAGAAGAGACUCGGUCGAUUCAAAGCAGCCCUCUGCUCGUCGAGCUUCCACGAGAACUACGCGACAUGAUCUAUGACCAUCUCUUCGCCAGGCGUACUGAGUACAAGAUCUUCCAUCCAAUCAUGCGAACGUCUAAACAGCUUAGAGAGGAAGCUACGACGACAUUGGCACGUAUACUGGGAUCUGGCACCAUACUUCACAUCGAGGACUACGGUCAUACCGAUGGCCCGUUCUUUAACUUCUACCACAAGAAUGCCGAUGUAGCAAGCAACAUCUUCUCAGGUCAUCCGUGGAUAAGUCGAGGCCGUCAGCGCUAUCAAAGGAGUCCAUACCCUGAAUGGCAAGUCUUUUGCUGUAGCGAUCUAGGAAAAGAGAUGCUGCCACGUAUGGCCAUAGUGGCCAUAUCGAUACUGCUAGAUCAUAUGAUGCACUUUGUUCAGAGGUUCAGCGGAGCCGUGCGGUCAGAUACCGCGGCGGAGCUGGAAGCCAUUCGUGAAAACCAGUCUCGGUUCCAAGAUCGUUUAUAUCGAGUGUGUCUGACGAGGUACAAAAGGUGGGAGAAACGAAGCGUUACAUGCUCGGCGGAGUGGAUCGAUGCUUUCCUAGCCGAUAUGAAAAGGAAGGAGCGCUGA